AUGCCAGGUUUUGUCCAAGGCCAGGGAGCCACAACCGGCACACCAGAGUCUGCGGCGGGUCACUCUGGCCCCACGGCCGUCACUUCUACCUCCUCGCCUGGUCAGCCGGUUGAUGCUGCAUGUAUUACUACAGUCGCAUCGGGGCAGCCAUGCGUCGCUGAGAGUUCUCUUCCACCUGUAGCGGCGCAGCCAGGUGCACCAGCUGGUGCUCUUCCAUCUGCUCCAGGUCAGCCAGGUGCCUCCUCUGGUGCUCGGGCAGCUGGGGUUGGACAGCCAGGUGCAGCAGCGGUUAUGCCAGCAUCGGCUGGAAGUCAGCCAGGUGCUAUUCUUCCAGCUGCGACUGGUCAGGCAUGUGCAGCAGCCGGGAUUCCUACCGCCGCGACAGGUCAGACAGGUGCAGCCGCCUGUGAUCCUACCGUACCGACUGGUCAAACAAGGGCAUCAGCCAGGAUUCAUACCGCCUCCACGGGUUGUACGGGUGCAGCCGCCGGAGUUCCAACAGCAGCCGCGGGUCAACCAGGUGCAGCAGCCAUUGCUCCGACGACAACGCAGGCGCAGCCAGGCUCGACCGCGAGGGAUGCAAUGGCAUAUGCGGGUCAGCAAGGGCCCUCUUCGAGCGCUACACACGACACUGGCUCGGGUGCUGCCAAGAAAACAACAGAUGUGCAUCACCUGUCACCACCAGUCCCUGGUGGUGCAACCGUGCCGCAUCAGGGUUUUGGUGCACCGCCCGCGUCGAGUGUGUGGGCCACUGGACUAGAGACACGGGUUCAAGCUGCCGCGGGGCGGCCUAUGAACGCAGCUGUGGGAGCACAACCACCAUGUGCGGUAGGCUAUGCUCCAUAUGCAGGUGGUGAUCAGCCGGUCCCCGCUACAUCCGCCGUGCCAUCUGGGCCAAUUGGCCAUGCUCUGCAACCUCCGAACGUGCUUUACCUCGGUUCUGGACAGCACCACGCUAACGUGCAACUGCCGUUGUCGUCGCAUCGCCUCCUCGUUCAUGAUUCUGGAGCUUUCCUCGUAGCUGAUGAGGCGCUCGACAAUGUCAGUGGCCUACAUGGACACACAUCCGCCUCUCGUGGUUUGGCUCUAUCGGGCAUGCUCUCUGGUCUCGUGCAGGGGUCGCAAUCGGUACUGCCCUCCCCAGCAGCCUCCACUUCUAUGCCGCCCUCGACCCAAGGAGGCGAGCACGGCGAGGAGGCCGCCUCCAGGGGGUUCACGGGCGUCACAAAAAAGCAGGGCAAGGACGAGUGGAUCGCAAGGAUCGUCCUGGACCGCUCAUCGCAGUCGCUGAUUGUCAUCAACAGCCACUUUGGAUCUGAGGUCGAUGCGGCCAGUGUGGCAUAA